UCCUUCUAUUUCUCUUCCUUUCUCUUCUCCCUUCAAAAUAAGAACAUCACUCAUAACUCAUCACUCAAAUCCUAAAAUCUGAGCCAACAACAACAACAGUGCCAACAUACUCAUUACCAAAUAGCAAGUAUUUAUAAAUUCAGCUAAAAGGUCCGAGCUUUAGCUUAAGAAGAAGAAGAAGAAGAAGGAGAUGGGUGUGGAUUACUAUAAGGAAUUGCAGGUGGACAAGAACGCCAAGGAUGAUGAUUUGAAGAAAGCUUACAGGAAGCUUGCCAUGAAAUGGCACCCUGACAAGAACCCAAACAACAAGAAAGAAGCCGAGGCCAAAUUCAAACAGAUCUCCGAGGCCUAUGAGGUUCUAAGCGAUCCCCAAAAGAGAGCAAUCUAUGAUCAAUAUGGUGAAGAAGGGCUCAAAGGCCAAGUGCCACCACCUGAUGCAGGGGGACCUGGUGGGGCCUCCUUCUUCCAAACUGGGGAUGGCCCAACAGUGUUCAGGUUCAACCCCAGAAAUGCAGAUGACAUUUUCUCCGAGUUUUUCGGCUUUUCGAGCCCGUUUGGAGGAAUGGGAAGCAGUGGGAAUGGAAUGAGGAGUAGUUCAAGGUCAUUUGGUGGGAUGUUUGGGGAUGAUGUAUUUACUUCAUUUGGGGAGGGCAGGCCUAUGACUAUGAGUCAGGGUCCGCGAAAGGCUCCUCCUAUUGAAAGAACGCUACCGUGUAGCCUCGAGGAGCUAUAUAAGGGAACUACCAAAAAGAUGAAGAUCUCAAGGGAAAUUGCAGAUGCCAGUGGGAAAAGCUUGCCCGUGGAGGAAAUCCUAAGCAUCGAAAUAAAGCCUGGGUGGAAAAAGGGAACAAAAAUCACCUUCCCAGAGAAAGGGAACGAGCAGCCAAAUGUGAUUCCUGCAGAUCUUGUAUUCAUAAUUGAUGAAAAACCACACAGCACAUUUACGAGGGAUGGUAAUGACCUGGUUGUCACACACAAGAUUUCGCUUGCAGAAGCAUUGACAGGCUACACAGUCCACCUCACAACACUCGAUGGGAGGAGCUUGACCAUUCCCAUCAACAAUGUAAUUCAUCCAAACUAUGAGGAGGUUGUCCCAAAGGAAGGUAUGCCAAUACCAAAAGAUCCUUCCAAGAGAGGUAACCUGAGAAUCAAAUUCAACAUCAAAUUCCCAACAAGGUUGACACCCGAACAGAAGUCUGGAAUCAAGAAACUCUUGUCACCUUAAAUUGGAUUGUUGUGGCCACUUCUCAUUGUUAAUUAAGACCCUUUGUGGGAGAGAGAUGGCUGUGAUUUGUAUCCGAAAGCUUUUUGCAAAUUUAGUUCAGCAGAAAAUAUAAAAAAAUAAAAAAUAAAGCAGCUAAUAACCUAUGUUUUGUCAGCUACAUACUGUGCUCAGCGAGUGAUGUUUGAUUGUUUGUAAGAAAACAUCUUAGAGAAAUGGCGACCCUAAAUAUAGAGGGUUCAUCACAUCUGAAAUUUGGCUUCAUGGUAUUUGCAGUAUAACUUGCUGAAACUAAAUUGGUGGAUUCCUGUCAGACUAUUGAUAUAUUUAAAAAAUAGGAUACAACAUAAAAAGCAUUGUUGUCAUCAUGCUUAAAAUACAGAAUCUAAUUGCCAUCACCAAUGAAUUAUCGUGACAGCUCUAUUUUAAGAAUUCUGAACUACUCUUUCGAAGAUCAUUAUUACCCCACUAAUUGAAACAAAAUAAUAAAUUAGGGUAAAAAAAAAAAAAA